UACAGGCCUUUUACAAGUCCCAGCGGUCCCAGCGUGAAGUCGCCCCGGAGAUCCGAACGUCAUUCGGCGCUUCCUCCCCGGUCCCGUCUAGAUGGUUCCGCCCGGAAGUGCUGGCGGAGACUGCGGCUGCGCCUCUCGCGAAAGGGCAGGCGCCGCGGGGCCGGGCACUUCCGUACUUCCGCUUUCCGGCCCAGACAGCGCCCGCGAUGACUGCCACUCUCCGCCCUUACCUUAGUGCCGUGCGGGCCACACUGCAGGCUGCCCUCUGCCUGGAGAACUUCUCCUCCCAGGUUGUGGAACGACACAACAAGCCAGAGGUCGAAGUCAGGAGUAGCAAAGAACUCCUAUUGCAACCUGUUACCAUCAGCAGGAAUGAGAAGGAAAAGGUUCUGAUUGAGGGCUCCAUCAAUUCUGUCCGGGUCAGCAUUGCUGUGAAACAGGCUGAUGAGAUUGAGAAGAUUUUAUGCCAUAAGUUCAUGCGCUUCAUGAUGAUGCGAGCAGAAAACUUCUUUAUCCUUCGAAGGAAACCUGUGGAGGGUUAUGACAUCAGCUUUCUCAUCACCAACUUCCACACGGAACAGAUGUACAAACACAAAUUGGUGGACUUUGUAAUCCACUUCAUGGAGGAGAUUGACAAGGAGAUCAGUGAGAUGAAGCUGUCAGUCAAUGCCCGGGCCCGUAUUGUGGCUGAGGAGUUCCUCAAGAAUUUUUAGACCGUCUGGCUGGAUGUUGUGGCCUUCCCUCUCGGCCUCCCCUGUGUCUCUGCGUGUCUGCGAAGGUGUCCUGGAAUCAUUCCCUGGAGCAGCAGUGCAGCAGCAGCAGGAAGCUGGGUUGGGUGGGCAUCGGAUGCGGGAGGCGGGUGUGGUGUGCUUGCUAGCUGUGCAGAAAGGCAGCAGUGGACCUGCCUCGUGGUCACACAUGUCUGGUCAGGCUGGCUUCUGAUGUUCAGUCCGCUGGGCUGGGACAGACUUUUUUUUUAAUGUCUUGAAACCUAAACUCUGUGCUUGUAGAAGACUGUACCCUUUUUGUCUUUUUUUUU